CCCACAAGUCGAGAACCACUGCCUCAAGGGAGAAACUGUGGCAUUACCUCCUAAGUUAAAAAAUUGGAAAAACCAAACUCUUCCUUGAAAAGCUGUGAUUGUCUAGACAUGUGGGGGUUAAAUCUAGGGCAAAGGAGGGUAAAAAUAGAUGGGAGGGUCCAAUGUGAAAGGUUUGGAACCCCUCCCCUUAUAUAUAAAACAAAGACUCCGCCUCCAAUAUGUGGCAUUCAGUGUGUGUCCACACCAGGGUAGAAUUGGCACCAUGCUCUCCAGAUCAGCCAUGCACGUGCCACAUUAUGCCCCUUCCAUGUUCAGGGAGUUUGACAGAUGGAAGGGCUAUCUGAGCCUUGCGAAAGUGGUUACGGAGAUCAUCGCGGAACGCAAGAAGGUCCCAUUUCCAUCUCAGAGUUGGGACACAAUGGAGUACGACAUGCAGCUAGUCCUCAACGAGGACAACUUUGAAACAGCAUCACAAUGGGUUAAUGGAAGCAGUUCCAGCAGCAAGAGCUCCAAAGGUAGUGCCAAUGGCCAGGCUUCCCAAAACAAGGAGAUUUGCAAUUUCUGCAAACACAACGGGGAAUCCAAGCAGGUCUAUUCGUCCCACCGGCUGAAGGGGAUGGACGGCACCGUGGAGUGCCCCAUCUUGCGCAAAUACACCUGUCCGCUCUGCGGUGCCACGGGCGAAAAGGCCCAUACUUUAAAAUACUGCCCACUGAGCCAAGGGAAGAGGUCGCUGUAUCGCAAGUGCGGACGUAACUCGGCUGGACGCAAGGUUUGGAGAAUGGAAGCCCAAUUCUCUUAGACUACAUUUAUGUGUCAGUUGCCUAGUGUGAUGAUUCAUGGGCCCUGCAGUCCUAUUCCUGACAGUAUUGUGGCAGAUGAGGAGGAAAAUAUGGAGUUUUCCCCAGAUUUCCGGUCGGAGUCAGAGCCUUGGCAGCUGCCUGAAGUUCUAGUCCAAGAACCAAUUAAACCUGACCUUGGUGGGAACUCUCCCCCUUAUGGGAGAAAACAGGCUUACACGACUGAUAGAGGAUCGAGAGAAAAAUUUAGAAGUAGUGCUCGCCUUGCUGCCAAAUAUGCCACUGAUUAGAAGUAUUUCCCCUGAGAAAAUACGGGGAGUCUUGCACCUGCAAGCUGGUUUCCUUCGCUCCCUGUUCUCUAGGGAAAGUGAUUGUUGUUUGGGGAAACGAGACCCAAUAUAGGGAAAUUGCGCGAAGGAUUCCUUGCGGAGUCAAUUCGUCAGCUCCUGGAGAGAGGUCAUGUGUGUGUGGACUUCGAAUCCUGUUCCUUGCCUCCUGAAUCUAGUUCCAAGCCUUGUCCUCGUCUCACGGAUUUACCACAGAUCUUGUUCCAUGCUUCAAGUUGCUUUGCCUUUAGCCACAGCUCCAGCCACGUUCCAAGUAACUUUCAGCCUUGUGUCAAGCUUCAUUGGAUUCAAGACUUUUUCUGUUUUCCCAACGCUUUGCUUGGCAAAGCGUGUGUUGCGGUUAUUGGAUUAUAAUCUUUGGACUCUAAUAUUUCAUAUUGGACAAUAAUCUGCUGGACUAUAUUUGGCCUCAUUUGAAAGGUCUGCUUCUGAACUUUAUUCUACACUUGUUUUUAUUGACUUUAUAUAUUCCUUUAAUAAAGAUAUUAGAUAGAAUCUGGCCUCAGUGUAUGGUUAUUGGUGCCCAGCAGCCUAGAUCCUGACACCUUGUAUCAUGCUUUUUUAUACAUAUAAUCAUGUUUUUUACAUAUGUAAUAUCACGUUCCUUUGACAUAUGUAAUUGCCUUAUAUCAUAUUUUAUAUUGUGUUUUAUAUAUGCAGUUACUUUACAUGUUUCUUUUAUGUAUGGAUGUAUAAUUUUUACAUGUUUAAUUAUAUUAUUUGCAACUAUAAUUGCCUAAUAUCAUGCUUCUUUUAUAUAUGCAAUGACAUCAUGUUUAUUUAACGUAUAUAAGUGCCUUAUAUCAUGUCCGGGUUAGGGUGUGUGUCUCCAGAGGGAUGCAGCCCUAUCCUUUGCAGGGAAAAUAUAGAAAUAUCUUCUAAAUGGCUACUGUCUAGAAUUUUGUUUUGUAAAGAAAGGAAAAGUUUAUAUGCUAUUGGAAAGAAAGAUACUAUUUUAUGUUUAAAUUUUGGAAAGGAAUAGAAUUGGUUAUUAUUACUGUGGUCUAACCUUCAAUUGU